AUGGAUAGUCCAAGAAAUGUCACGGAGUUUUUCAUGCUGGGACUCUCACAAAACCCCAAGGUGCAGAGGGUUUUGCUUGUGUUCUUUCUGAUUGUCUACCUGGUCUCUGUUGGAGGCAAUCUGCUUAUCAUGAUCACCAUUGUCUUCAGCCCCACCUUGGGCUCGCCUAUGUACUUUUUCCUCUCCUGUUUGUCCUUUAUUGAUACUUGCUAUUCCUCAUGUAUGACUCCCAAACUUGUUGCUGACUCCUUGUACGAGGGGAGAGCCAUCACUUUUGAGGGCUGCCUGGCUCAAUUCUUUGUUGCCCAUUUACUGGGAGGGACUGAGAUCAUCCUGCUCACGGUGAUGGCCUAUGACCGCUACGUGGCCAUCUGCAAGCCCCUGCACUACACGGCCGUCAUGACCAGGCAUCUCUGUGCCCUUCUGGUGGGGCUGGCUUGGCUGGGGGGCUUCCUGCAUUCCCUGGUUCAGCUCCAGCUGGUCCUGCAGUUGCCCUUCUGCGGGCCUAACGUGAUCAAUCACUUUGUCUGUGACUUGUACCCCUUGCUGGAGCUUGCCUGCACCGACACCUAUGUCAUCGGCCUGCUGGUGGUGGCCAACAGUGGCGUGAUCUGCCUGUUGAAUUUCCUCCUGCUGGCUGCCUCCUACCUGGUCAUCCUGCGCUCCUUGAGGUCCCACAGUGCAGAGGGGAGGCGCAGGGCCCUCUCCACCUGCGGGGCCCACUUCACGGUUGUUGCCUUGUUCUUCAUGCCCUGUAUAUUUAUUUACAUGCGGCCGUCAUCUACUUUGUCCAUUGACAAAAUAGUGGCUGUGUUUUACUGUAUUUUGACACCCAUGUUCAACCCCCUGAUUUAUACCCUGAGAAAUGCAGAGGUGAAAAAUGCCCUGAAAAAUCUCUGGAAAAAAUGAGCAAUUGU